AUGUUGUCUACAGGUGAUGUUCAAAAUUAUCUACGUAAAUUACAAACAGAAUUACGUUUUAUUAAAUUUCGUGAUGUUGAUUAUAAAUCACUUCAAACAGGCAAUCCAUGUGAAUUAUUAAAAAUUUAUCAUUAUGUUUUUCUUGAUUUUAAUCCAUUAUUUGCUAAAACUUUACUUGAUAAAUGUAACUGUGAUUUUUAUGGUAAAACCGACAGUCAUUUUAUCGAUACUAUGUAUAAAGCAUUACGCGAUCAUUUCAGUUAUAAACCACCUAUAACAAAAGAACAAUUUUUUAUAACAGGUUUUGCUGAAAGAAAAUUACAAAUGGCAUGUGAUGUUAUUACACUUAUAAGGCAAGAAUGUAAAGAAAUUAAUACGAUUCAACAGCAACAACAACAGAAAAGACCAGGAAUUGGUUCAGCCCGUUUGACCAAUGGUGAUAGAGAAAAGAAACGAAUAUCAUCAAGUACUCAACAAACAUCUGUUCCAAAUAGUUUUCAUCCAUUACGUGAUAUGGGUUUGGAAACAACAAAUAAAAAAAAUUAUGAUAUAGACGAAUUAGCAUCAAUUCAAAAACAUCAUGAAAAUCAUCAUUUAACUAUGCCAAAACAACAACAUAUUGAAAAAUGGUUAGAUGGAUCAGAAUUUGAAUCAUCAUCUAAUCAUCAAAAUCAAAUUCAAUUUAAUGAACCAAUAACAGCAACAACAAUAAAUCGUUUAGAAGAACAAAUUCAAAUGUUAAAAGUUAAAGUUGAAAAUAUUAAUGCACGACUUGAAAAUGUAACUUCAAUUUUACAAGAAACUCAUCCAGGAAAUAACUCCUUAUCAUCAUCGGAUGUUUCAAAUUUUAAUGCACGUCUCGUUAUUGUUGAAAAUGAAUUAUCUAUGUUACGACGAAAAACACCUCAAAAUAAUGAAAAUCGUGUUAAUAUCAUCGAAUCAAAACAAAAACAACCAUUUGUAGCACAAGGUGUUCUUGUUGAUUCUGAUGAAGAUGAAAAUAUGGUUAAAAGUUAUGCUGUAGAAGAACCAAUUGAAAAUUUUAAUGUUGUCGAACGAGCUCGAUCAUUACUUGAAAAUGCUGAGCAAUGUAAUCGUGAUUUAUUAAAAACAAUACAAACAAAAUCAUAA